CGAUCGCUAAUUGCUAUGUCUGUUUGACAGAUCUGCACAAAAAGAAAAAAGAAGAAAAAAAUACUAAGCGUGUUGUCCGAAUAUCAACAUGGCCGCGCUUGUUAAUGGUUAUCUGGAUCCUAUCUCGAAACAAUUAAGUGUUGGACAACAUAAUAACUGUGAUAAUCAACCUCCCAACAAGGAUCAUGAUGCUAUCAAACUGUUUAUUGGUCAAAUUCCCAGAAAUUUGGAAGAGAAACAACUGAAACCAAUUUUUGAACAUUAUGGUAAAAUAUAUGAGUUGACAGUACUCAAAGACAAAUAUACUGGUCUACACAAAGGAUGUGCAUUUUUGACAUAUUGUGCACGAGAGAGCGCCAUUAAAGCACAAAAUGCUCUUCACGAACAAAAAACUCUUCCUGGUAUGACACGACCUAUUCAAGUGAAACCAGCCGAUAGUGAAAACAAAGGAGGCUGCAGAUCCUCUACCUUCAACCUAUCCCCUUCCCACCGAAGGAAUAGUUUUAGAGACUCCUUUUUUUACGGAGAAAGGAAACUUUUUGUUGGUAUGCUCAGCAAACAACAAAAUGAUGAAGAUGUUUUGAAAUUGUUCAGUCCAUUUGGAACUAUUGAAGAAUGUACAAUUUUAAGAGGUCCUGAUGGUCAGAGUAAAGGUUGUGCAUUUGUUAAAUAUGAAAAUCCUUUGGAUGCCAAGUCAGCCAUAAAAGCCCUGCAUGGGAGUCAGACUAUGAACGGGGCAUCAUCUAGUCUUGUUGUAAAGUUUGCAGACACUGAAAAAGAGCGGCAGGUCCGCAAAUUUCAUCAGAUGUCGGGAAAUGUCAACAUUUUAAACCCCUUUGUGCUGAGUCACAUUGGAGCGUAUGGAGCUUAUUCUCAAGUGUUGCACCAACAUGCCCUAGCAUCUGCAGUGGCUCAACAAAAUUAUAUGAAUUCUGUUUCCGGACCCCUGCAGCUUCCACCCAUGAGCCCAGUAUCUAAUGGCUUAUCAAGUCCAACGCUUGCAGCUAAUCCUAGUCUUGCCACCCAUCCGCUUUCAGGAGCUUUACCUGCAUGCCCUACACCAACUGUACCUAAUUUUGCACUAGGGGAGAUUGCACCUCAAGCAGACCUUUAUGCCAGUGAUAUGACAAAUUUAUCUAGAAACUUCUUUUUAGUGUAUCCUGCAGACUAUACAGAAACUUUAGAAAAAGGUCCUACUCUUACUAAUGCAGAAACAAUUCAACCAGCUUCAUAUUCUAGUCUACCAUCGUUUCCCUGCAUUUCUGCAUAUCCUGCGUCAUCCUAUGGUCAGUAUGCUCUAUGUCAACCGCCUCCUGCUGCUGCAUCCCCUAUACAAAGAGAAGGUCCUGAGGGCUGCAACCUUUUUAUUUAUCACCUACCCCAAGAAUUUGGAGAUGUUGAACUAAUGCAGCUUUUUCUUCCCUUCGGCAGUGUUGUUAGCUCCAAAGUAUUCAUUGACCGUGUCACCAAUCAAAGCAAAUGUUUUGGUUUUGUUAGCUUUGACAACCCCCAGAGUGCCCAGAAUGCAAUCCAAACGAUGAAUGGUUUUCAGGUGGGUACAAAAAGACUUAAAGUGCAGCUGAAGCGCCCAAGGGAGUCAGGGCGGCCUUAUUGACGUCCAUUUAUCAAGUCUAUGGUGCCAAAAUAAAUCUUCAUAUUGAAUGGCCGCCCAAUAAAUUGAGAGAAAAGUGCUUUUUUAUAGAAGAGAAGAAAGCUUCAUAUUUAAUCUUUUCACUUCAUCCGAGGACUACAUUCAUCAAUUCCCUCUCCCAGAGAGGGAUUUUGGACUACGAAAAGGGUUAUUUUUUUUUCUUUUUGCUUUAGCCCUCCCUACCACCACAACCCUUGUCAAUGAUAUAUGUAGCUGAAAACUUUUGCGGUUGCACUCCCUGAUUGAAAUAUCUUAAAUCAUAUCAUUGAUGUUGCCAAGAUUUGAAAAGAGAUGUGUAUAUCCUAGUAUUUUAUUGUCAUCACAGACACUUUAUUUAUAAUGUAUUUUACAUGAGAAUUUUCUCUCAUACAAUUGUGUAAAUAUUUUUAUUUCUCUUU